GCCUCACUUGUCUGAUUUGGCGUGAGGAGCACAGUCGAUUCACAUCUCCGAGCUGAUAUUACUAAACUACUUGCUUAGCACAGCAUUUUUCCAAGUGAAAUUUGAAACGAAAUUAUUUUCUACACACUUUACACCUUCAAGUUGAAAGAGUUUCGAAGCGAAGCAAUGGAUGCGAACAAGCUAAAGAAAAUGGAGGAGGUGGUGCGCAUCGGUGGCAGGGGAACAGUGCGCCGCAAGCACAAGAACAUACCAUCCUCGGCUGCGGUCGAAGAGAAGCGUCUGCAGACCACAUUGGGCAAGUUACCAUUGAGCCAGGUCAACGGUAUCCAGGAGGUGACCAUCGAGUUUACCGAUUCCAGUGAGAUGGUGGUAAGCAUGCCCAGGGUUCAGGGCACCACAUCCAGUAAUCUGUUCGUGAUUACCGGCGAUUUCGUGCGCAAGUCGUCAUCAGCUGGCGGCCCAUCGAAAGUGGCCAAGGCAUCCAAGCCGGUAGCUGGUUCCGUCUGUAAAUCAGAAUCGCAGGAGGGCAUCAAGGUGGUAGCCAAGAAGCCCAAGAAGCCACGCAAUCGUCUUCGUUCUCGCAACAAGAAGGCCCAAAUGUUGCUCGCCGCAAAGAAAGAGGAAGCAUCGGAGCUGAAGAACGACCCCAUGGCUGGCGGGGAUUCGGAGCCGAAGCAAAGCGUUGCUGCUGAAUCAAUUCAGAGCUCUUCCGAAGAUGGUGACGAUCCGAAUGAUGGCAAGGAGUCAUCGGAUGGUUCUGAUGUGGCUGAGACCAUCGUCGGCGACGCAGAUUCACUGGGCAGUUUCGACGAGUGGGAUAAUCUAUCCUUCUACGACGAUGACUAUGAUUCCCAGGCGGAGCAGCCCGAUCCGGAGACUACUGACGCUCAGGUGUCCGAGGACGAGGAUUAGGCAUCUUCGUUUGUUGCUACAUUUGUACCAAUAUGCUAAAUAAAAUGCAUACUAAAUAAGUGCCCAUAUGCACCGUAAUAAAUAUUUUCUCUAAA